AUGAAACAGUUGAUAUCACUUAAUAUUUCUGGCAAUGAAUUUGGUGAUGAAGAAGCCAAAUUGAUAAGUGAAAUGAAACAAUUAACAUCACUUGAUAUUUCUGGCAAUCGAAUUGGUGAUGAAGGAGCCAAAUAUCUAAGUGAAAUGAAACAGUUGAUAUCACUCAAUAUUGGUGAAAAUGAAAUUGGUGAUGAAGGAGCCAAAUUGAUAAGUGAAACCAGACAAUUAGCAUCACUUAAUAUUUGUUUCACUCAAAUUGGUAUAGAAGAAGCCAAAUUGAUAAGUGAAAUGAGACAAUUAACAUCACUUAAUAUUUCUGACAAUCGAAUUUGUGUAGAAGGAGCCAAAUGGAUAAGUGAAAUGAGACAAUUAACAUCACUUGAUAUUUCUGGUAAUCGAAUUGGUGAUGAAGGAGCCAAAACCAUAAGUGAAAUGAAACAAUUAACAUCACUUGAUAUUUCUUACAAUCGAAUUGGUGAUGAAGGAGCCAAAUUCAUAAGUGAAAUGAAACAGUUGAUAUCACUCAAUAUUCGUGGCAAUCGAAUUGGUGAUGAAGGAGUCAAAUAUAUAAGUGAAAUGAAACAAUUAACAUCACUUACAUAUAAGGGAUUAAAUUGA